AUUUGUAAAAAUGUCGUUCCGGAAUAAGGAUUACAGUGAAGAGCACCCAAGAAAUUUGAUUCCUGAGUUAUGCAGACAAUUUUACAAUCUAGGCUGGGUAACCGGAACAGGCGGUGGAAUAAGCAUUAAACAUGGAAACGACAUAUAUAUCGCCCCCUCAGCAGUGCAAAAAGAAAGAAUACAGCCUGAUGAAAUCUUUGUGCAAGACAUUGAUGGACAGGAUUUAGAGUUGCCACCUCCAGAGAAAAAACUGAGAAAAAGCCAAUGCACGCCUCUAUUUAUGUGCGCGUAUAAGCAACGAAAUGCAGGAGCUGUCAUACAUACACACUCAAAAAGUGCGGUAAUGGCUACAAUGUUGUUCCCAGGGAAAGAAUUCAAAUGCACUCAUUUGGAAAUGAUCAAGGGCAUUAAAAAUCAGAAGUUGGGAAGGAAUUAUCGAUAUGAUGAAGUUUUAACUGUGCCAAUUAUUGAAAAUACACCUUUUGAGGAAGAUUUGAAAGAUCGUCUUGAACAGACCAUAAAUGAGUAUCCUGAAACUUGUGCUGUUCUUGUUAGAAGACAUGGGGUUUAUGUUUGGGGAGAUUCUUGGCAGCAAGCUAAAACAAUGACUGAAUGUUAUGACUAUCUUUUUGAUAUUGUGGUGCAGAUGAAACUACAUGGAUUGGAUCCCAGUCUAACUCCAGAACAAUAUGAGCUUAAACACCAAAGAAAUAAUAAAAUGAUGUAAUUUUGUUAAUAUGGUCUCUAAACUAACAUUUUACUGUCUUAUUUUACUCUAUUUAAGCAAUAUAUUAAAAAUACUUCUUCUCAAAU